AUGAACGGUCCGGAAUGGACUUAUGUUGCGCCUUUCGAGAAGAAAUGCAAUGGUUGCGGUGUGGUCAAGGCUUUAAACAGCCAUUGUGAGGGAGAUGCGGUGAUGCUCGAGAUGAAGGCGGCUGCUUUUGGUGUAACCACCCACACUGGCGAGCGCCGCAAUUAUGGUAUAGCAAAGUACACAAACACACUGUCAAUGGCGUUCCAGACUCUCAACAAGUAUAGAGAGACCCUGGCAGAGUCAAGGAAAGUGGAUGUCUUUCUCCGCAGCAAUCACUGCAUGGAUCCCGAGAUGCUUUUGGGAAUUGCGGUAAAUCAAGGCAAUGCUGACCGCAUGUCCAAAUUUGUGUUGGACAAGGAAAAGGAUGAGGUCCAAGCAAAGCGCGCGGCCGCCAAGGCCUCUUGUAACAAGAACAAGCACUUGGCAGUGGCAGUUAUUUGUUCAAGCGAGAAACCUGACAAGGGGGGCAAGGAUGAUGUCACAAUAUACACCAAGGCAACAUGUCCCUGGGACAAGAGACAUCUAGCACUGUCCAUGGAAAUGUGA